CGAGGGAACUGCAGUCCGAAGAUUAAAGUAUGAAUUUCUGAUAGAGGACCAAGCCAAAGAAAAAAGUACCAUGGAAGAUCCUUCAGAAAUUAUUCAGAAAUUGCACCUCGCAGGAAAAAGCAGGACAGUGGAAGAGGAUUCUCAUCAAAGAAUACAAGUCCCGGCAGUCGAGCACGUUCUCAGGAAAAUUUUGGGGGACUUGUCAAAUGAGAAACUGAUAAGACACAAAGGAUCAGUUUUGGAUGAUGCAAGAGAAUUGUUUCUACAGGCUGACCCUGCCUGGCUUCUUGACUGCUUCCAGAAUGACAUGUCAGACAUUGUUCAAAUCUAUGUCAAUUUCACAGCUGCCCUGAUAGAGUACUCAGGAUUGCCCAGAUGUGAGACCGAUAGUGGCGAAUUACCUGACGAUGCAUAUAACCUGAUACCUGAGAGAGCCUGCAAUGUGGCCCAAACCUUGAAAGCUCUCCUCUGGAAACUGCAGGCAAGGCCAGAGCAAAUGACGCCUCAGGUCACAACAGUUUCGCCAGACUCUGUUCUGAGAGCCAUUUUGCCACAUCUGGUUAUUUUUUGUGCUACACACUGCGAAGAGAAACCGUGGACCAAUGCAGCAUCUCGGCUGGCUGCAGACGAGCUGUUGGCAGCUGCAGUGCACGCUGUGGGGUGCAAGACUGUCCUAGAACUCCUGUGUGGUGCAGAGGAGGAAGGCAGGGGAGCUCUGGGAGCUGUGCUGCAUCUGAUGAAACCACAUAUGAACAAAAACACCUGGAAGUCGAAUCCAGCCACAAAACACGUAUUUCGGUGGCUCCUGCAGAAGGUGAGGAGGCCAUGGCUGGCUGAGCACCUGGACGUAGUGCUGCCCCCAUCCCUCCUCUUCUCUGAUGACUACAGGACAGAAAACAAGAUACUGGGCGUGAGGUGCCUCCAGCACAUCAUUGACAAUGUGCCUGCUGCAGAGCUCCUGCAGUAUAACCGGGCGCAGGUGGUAUACCACGCUCUCUACAAUCACUUGUAUACUCCUGAGGCUUCGCUCAUCCAGAAUGUGCUGUCCUGCUUACUUGACCUCCUUCCACUUCUUGAGAAAUCACAUGUCAUUCGUGGGCAGCAGAGAGCCAAUCGCUACGACAAAGUGUUCUGCCUCAUUCUUACCCACAUGGAGGUUGAAGACAAGAUCCCUCUGCGUCGAGUGUAUGCCCAACAUCUACCCAUUUUCACUGAGAGGUUGGGCAUUAUGGUCGUUCGCCACUUGAAGCGUUUGCAGAGAGUGAUUCUGGGAUACCUGGAGGUGUAUGAUGGACCAGAAGAAGCGGCCAGGCUCUGUGUUCUCCAAGCAUUCCAGAGUAUGAUUCAACAGGCCUGGCCCAGAAUGUCCGUGAGGCUGGAGGUUUUGCUCAAGUCUUUACUGAAAUUCAUUUAUGAUAUGGCAACUGACCAAGGUCCAACACCACCACGUGUGAAGGAAGAGCUGUUACAAGAUGCUACCCACUGCCUGAUCCUACUUAAUCGCUGCUGCGAACGCAAAGUAACAGUUCUCCUGGAAGGAGUGCGGCAGAGCUGCGAGAAUGCAACAGUACUGGACUGCCUGCAAAGGGUGCAGCAAGAUGUGUAAUAAGUCACCACCAGAACAGUAAAUGUAUAAAACCUUAAUAAACAAAAGCAGAAAACAUCA